AUGCUCUCCUACGACAACCCCAUUAUCAUCAGCGGAAACAGCACAACAUCUGCCUCUAUCGCCGCCGUAGAUAUGGCCACAAACGGAUCCCGUAUUCCUGGCCGAGUCCAAGCGCCCCAGUCGGUUGGAGCUCCCGCCCUAGGUAAUGGCUCCGCAGACGCCACGCUUGCUAGCCAAACUGGCAAACCGACCAAAUCUCACCACAUCUUUCUCGUAACUGGACCUGCCGGCGUGGGCAAGAGCAGCGUGGCUGCCUAUCUAUCACAGAGCCUGGGCUUCCCUUACAUCGAAGGUGACGAGUUCCACCCUCUCAGCAACGUGGAGAAAAUGAGCAACGGCAUUCCCCUGACAGACGCAGACCGUUGGGAUUGGCUCACUGCGCUCCGCGAAGAAUCACUUCGUCAGAUUCGGGCGGGCUCUGAGGGCGUCGUCCUGACCUGCUCCGCCCUGAAGCAAAAAUACCGCGACGUCAUCCGAGUGGCGGGUUAUUUCGAUCAUUCGCUUCUAAUUCACUUUAUCUACCUUUCCGCGCCCGAAGAACUCCUCCUCGAACGAGUCAGCCUUCGACAGAACCAUUACAUGGGAGCCAACAUGGUUCAAAGCCACAUCGACGUCACCCGAACACUCGCAGAGGUCCAGGUUGAUGCCCUCGCCAAGGCUCGCGCCAUCAUGGCAACGACGGAUUAG